GAUAUCAGCCCGGAGAAGAAUCUAUCGGUUUACUGCCACAAAAGCAUUAUUUUUAUUUAGUCCUUUUCACCCAUUGAGAAGAUUAGCAAUCAAAAUUUUGAUACACACAUAUCCUUUACACUGAUAGCCAUCCUUAAUUCUCUUAUUACUUAACGGGAAAUUGUUAUUUAUAAUAAUAUAGAGAUGCUAAUACUACCUCCCAGAGUAUUGCCACUUUUUGCUUGAUAGUCAAGCAGUGCUUCUUGUAAGUCAGAGCAUGGUCCAGGGUAACUCCCAAGUAUUUUAGUGUGUUGCAAUGCUCCAGUGGAAUUCCUUCCCAGGUCAUCCUCAGAGCUCGAGAUACUUGUCUGUUCUUAAGGUGAAACACACAUGUCUGCAUUUUAGAUGGUUUAGGGAUCAGCUGGUUUUUCCUGUAAUAGGCAAUAAGAGCACCUAACGCUUCAGAGAGCUUCUGUUCAAUAAUUUCAAAGCUCCCUGCUUGGGCAGUGAUGACUAGAAGUGACUUGCAACAUGCAACCAAAAAAAUGACAAAUUUAAGUUAGAAGGAUAUACCAUUUUAUUCCAUGUAAAUAUUGUGAACUUAUCAGUAAUUCUUUUUCCAUUUGAGAUGAAUGCUAUUUCCAUAACUCAUUGUUUACUUUGUUCAUUACAUUCAUAACAUGUGUUGUUCUCGCCUACUGUGUGUUUAUGACUUUAAAAGAUCCUCCAUCAUACUAUAACAUAACUGAGUAAGUAUCAAUGUACACUUUAAUGCACUUUCCUCAAAAAGCAGUAGCUAUUCUAAUGGACUGAAUUAGUAAGACGAGACAAAGAGAAUUAAAAGACAGUAAGACAAUGUGAUGUGGGGGCUGUGAGCUUUAUGUAGUAUAUUAGUUUCCAGAUAUGAUGUUGGAGAGCUGUGGCCGUAUCUCCUUUAUUUCAGUUCUUUCAAUUAAAAAAGACACAUGGACUCAUGCUGUGCAUUGUGCAAAUAUGAUUCAGUAAUGGGCUCAGAGUUGGAUAUAAGAUUAGAUUAUAUAAUGAUACAAUAAAAUAUAACUGCACCUGUCAUGUUCUUUGGUUUCCUUUGGGAAGGGGCAGAAAGAAUGAAGCAAGAUGAUUCCUCUACACUUCCAAUGAUUUUGCUUUUUUUGGCUGCUUUGUUUUCCAGGAUUUUUUUCACAACCGUUUACACGACUGAAUUAGUUGUAAAGGUGACGGCAAGAGGAUUUGUUUUGAAUGAAUUUACCUAUCUUCGGGAUCCCUGGAAUGUCCUAGAUUUCUUUGUAUUAAUUAUGACAUAUUUAUCCUUUGGUCGUAACUUUGGUAGCAUUGCUGCUCUCCGAAUUUUCAGAGUACUGAGAACGUUUAAAGCAAUUUCUGUAAUCCCAGGGUUGAAAGUUAUUAUAGCCUCACUCCUUCAAUCAGUGAGGAAGCUCGCAAAUGUAAUGCUGUUAACAGUUUUCUUCUUGGCUGUCUUUGCCCUUGUUGGCCUUCAGCUUUUCAUGGGCAAUUUAAAAUAUAAAUGUGUCCAUCAAGAUUUCAUUAACAAAAGCUCAGAUUUGUUAGAGGGUCCAGAAAAAUGCUCAAUCUACCAGAAAAUGAAUGGCUCUUCUGAUCCAUUGUUAUGUGGAUACACUUCAACUCCUAAUGACACCGAAUGUCAAGCCAACUUUGUUUGUGUGAAACAUGGAGACAAUCCUAACUAUGGAUACACAAGUUUUGAUCACUUUGGGUGGGCUUUCCUUUCUUUGUUUCGACUAAUGACGCAGGAUAGCUGGGAAGUUCUCUAUCAACAGGUUAUCCGAACAUCUGGGAAAACUUACUGCAUCUUUUUUGUGAUCGUCAUCUUUCUGUGUUCAUUUUAUCUCUUCAAUUUAAUCCUGGCUGUUGUAACAAUGGCAUAUGAUGAGCAACACAAAGCAACACUUGCACAAACAAAGGCAAGAGAGAUGUUGCUUCAGAAAGCAAAGGAUAUAUUAAAAAAGGAAAAGGUUUUCACUGGUAUUUUUACAGCUGAAAUGGUGCUCAAAAUUAUUGCGCUCGAUCCAUACUACUAUUUUCAAGACACUUGGAAUAUUUUUGACUCAGUACUGGUUGUUACAGGCAUAAUAAAUUUGAUGCUUGACAAACACCUAUCAAUUUUCAGAAUGCUCAGAAUCUUCAAGUUGUCAAAGUUUUGGCCAGCUUUAAAUAAGCUAAUGAAAAUAAUCUUCAAAUCGGUAGGCCCACUGGGUAACCUCACACUUGUCCUAGCUUUCACCAUAUUCAUUUUUGCUGUGGUCGGCAAACAGGCCUUUGGGAACUAUUACAAAGCCAUGUUAAACUCAUCCAACUGCCUUAUCUGUAGCGAUUCCGAAGUGCCACAUUGUCACCCUACUAACCAAACCGAUAGAUUACGAUGGCAUAUGGAAGACUUCUUCCACUCCUUCCUUAUUAUAUUCCGAAUUCUGUGUGGAGAGUGGAUCGAAACCAUGUGGGGCUGUAUGGAAGUUGCUCCGGAUGGAUGGUGCAUUAUUCUGUUCAUGGCAGUGCUUGUGUUUGGAAAUCUAGUGGUCCUCAAUCUUUUCAUUGCUUUGUUGCUGAGUUCCUUCAAUAGUAGUGAUUCAGAAACUGAGACCAAGGUAAAGGAGGCUGGACCUCAGGAGGCCUUGGCUCAUAUUCGCAGAGGGUUGCAAUCUGUCAGAGAUUUCCUGUGGAGUUCAUGUUGCAAUGCAUUCAUGGAGAAGCUGAAGAAAACCAGCACAAAAAACAAAAAACUGACUAUUGUUAUGCAAAAGUCCAUUGGUGCCGAAGCAGAAGAAAGGAUCCAAGAGAAUUAUGCCGGAAGUGAAAGUUUCAAAAACUGCCAGAAACCACCACUGAAUGGAAAGCAGGAAGAUGUUCUCUUAAAUUCAUAUCCAUUUGUUUGUGUUCCUCUUGCGGAGAUGGAUACUUUAAGUGAUGAGGAAGAGUCUGUUAUCAUGGAAACUGAUUGGAGUAAGCAGGAGAUCCAGCUGCGAAAUAGGAGAGAGAUAUACAACAAGUCAAGGCAAAGCUUUUCUUCUCAGAUUUCUGAAUCUACAAGUAUUUUGUCCUUAGAUUCUAUCAAGAGAGUUGAUACCAGCUGUUCGGAGAUUAGCACAGUAGACCACAGAUCUCCUGUUUGCCUUUUGCCUGUGCAAAAGAAGGAGCCCAAGAGCUGUUUCCCACAAGCUUUCUUCCCAUGUUGCAGAGUAAACACCAGUAAAUUUCCAGGUAGAACUUGGUGGAAUUUUAGAAAAACCUGCUACAAAAUUGUAAAGCACGAUUGGUUUGAAUCUUUUAGCAUAUUCAUGAUAUUACUGAGCAGUGGUGCUCUGAUCUUUGAAGACAUUUACCUAGAAAACAGAACAAAGAUAAAAAUUAUAUUGGAGUAUGCAGAUCUGUUCUUUUUCUACAUCUUUUUCCUGGAGAUGCUUCUGAAAUUGGUAGCUUAUGGAUUCCGGUCAUAUUUCACCAAUCGCUGGUGUUGUCUUGAUUUCUUUAUUGUAUGUAUUUCCUAUCCUAUGACAACAGACAAGAGUGUGUGCAACCCUACGAUCUCCACAAAAUCUCUCAGAACUUUGAGGGCCUUGAGACCACUUCGAGCAUUGUCUAGAUUUAAAGGGAUAAAGGUGGUAGUGAAUGCCCUUGUAGGAGCGAUCCCUUCCAUUGCGAAUGUCCUCCUUGUCUGCAUUGUUCUCUGGCUCCCGUUUAACAUCCUCGGAGUACAACUGUUCAGAGACAAAUUUGGGAACUGCAGCUCAUCUGUUCCAGAUGUAAAUAGGAUUGACUGCAUCAAUGCACCGGUCAAUUUUGACAAUAUUAUGAAAGGAUAUUUGGCUCUCCUACAAGUGGCAACAUUUAAAGGCUGGAUGGAGAUCAUGUAUGCUGCAGUAGAUGCACCCAGUGGUAACCAGACAAGGCCAUGUUUUGAAAACAAUAUGUAUGCCUACAUCUAUUUUGUGGUCUUCAUUGUAUUUGGCUCAUACUUCAUGCUGAACCUAUUCAUUGGAGUUGUUAUUGACAAUUUUAACCAACAAAGGAAAAAGAACAAAUUUCAAGGACUACUUUAUGACGUUGUAACCAAGCAAGGAUUUGACAUUUUCAUUAUAAGUCUCAUCCUGUUGAACGUGGUGAUUAUGGCAGUGGAAUAUGAAGGACAGCCAGAGGAUGCAAAGAAACUCCUUGAAACAAUAAAUUCUGUCUUUGUUGCUAUCUUUACUGGAGAAUGCAUUAUGAAAAUAUUGGCUUUGAGGCUGUUUUACUUCAAAGACAACUGGAACAUCUUCGAUUUUGCAGUGGUGAUUCUUUCUUUACUUAGUUCUGCAGCUGAAGAAUUUCGAAAGAGUUUUAAUUUCCCACCCACGAUCCUGAGAAUCAUCCGCGUGGCCAGGGUCAGCCGACUCCUGAGGCUCAUACGAGGGGCUAAGGGGCUCCGGACCCUCCUUUUUGCGCUCCUGAUGUCCCUUCCUGCUCUUACUAAUAUUGGGCUCCUCCUUUUUCUGAUCAUGUUCAUUUAUGCUAUUUUUGGCAUGAGCAACUUUGCCUGUGCCAGUUGGAAGGGAAGCAUUGACAACAUUUUCAACUUCCAGACUUUUGGCGGCAGCAUGCUUUGCCUCUUUGAAAUCACAACAUCUGCUGGCUGGCAUGGAUUUCUCAACCCAAUGCUCGAAAGCCAUAGUAUCAAUAUUUGUGCUGGCUCCACACAGCAAGCGGGUCCUUGUAUUAACCGGACUGUGGCAACUUCCUAUUUUGUUAGCUAUAUCAUUAUAUCAUUCCUUAUAGUUGUUAAUAUGUACAUUGCUGUCAUCAUAGAGAACUUGAAUGUCGCCACUGAAGAAAGCACAGAACCUUUGAGUGAUGAUGAUUUUGACAUUUUUUAUGAGGUUUGGGCAAAAUUUGACCCAAAAGCAACCCAAUUUAUUUCUUAUUCAAUGCUUUCUGACUUUGCGAAUGAUCUGGCAGAACCAUUGCGUGUUCCCAAACCAAACAGCCAACAGUUGAUGGCAAUGGACCUCCCAAUGGUUAAUGGAAAUAAAAUCCACUGCCUGGACAUUUUGUUUGCUUUUACCAAAAGGGUACUGGGAGAAGCUGGAGAAAUGGAUGUAUUGGAGUCCCAGAUAGAGGAAAAAUAUCCAGAGGUGAUUGCCUAUGAACCCAUAGUAACAACUCCCAAGCGGAAACAUGAGGAGAGUGCUGUUGUUAUCCAGAGGGCUUUCCGGAAACAUCUCCUUCAGCUUGCCACACAAAAAACCUUCCCAGAGGCCAGUAUGGGAAGCCCCUUGGAGGACAUACCUGAAGAGGAAGAUGGCUUUUGUUUCAUGAUAAGCAAAGGUGAAGGUGAACAUGAAGACAGCAAGUCAGAUGAUUCCCAGAGUUCAGCCUCUCUAACCAUCCCUCCAUCUUAUAGUAAUGUCAUAGCUGGCGGCAUCCCUCUGGUGAAGAUUAAGGAUCAUAGUGAUGAUGACACCAAGUGAUUUACAGUUUGCUGUUUUCUUGCCACAGCUGGGUUUUCUUGGAAAUGCAAGGUUGCAAUCAUGUAUUUGCCACUAUAGUCACCUGAAUCAAACUGUUCACUCUGCAAUGUUUCCGUGGUCAAGUUACCAGAAGAAGUAAAAAAAAUUCAACCAGAGGGUUAUACAUAAUUGUUAAAGUAUUAUGCUUUGAUAGGGGGUUUGUAUCACUCUAAGCAUUUGAUAAUCCAAUGAAGUUGGGACUACAGAGAUAUAAAUGGAUGCUAAGGGUGGUUGUUGAGGACUUUCCUCAUCCCAAAGCACAUUGAUGUCAGUUGUCCUUUUAUCUCUCAGUGCUACCCAAGCAGUCCUCUGCUUGUUGAAAAGUAUCUUCUGGAGCCAAAGACCAGAAUAGCUGAACCUGAGGCACAUGGUUGGUGUAUUAUUACUCUUGCUGUUACUGGUGUGACCUGCAGCAGUACUCAUAUCUGCAAAAGCUGGACACCUUAUUGCUCUAACUAGCUAACCACCUACUAUGGAAACAUUCGCAGUGACCUGCGUUCUAGUUUUUGCUUGGUCUUGUUUGUCCCUUUCCUUUGCCAGAUCUCAUUCAGGAUGCACAGACUGAACCCAGAUGUGCCAUCCAGAUCACCAAUUCAAUGUCUAUUGAGGGUUCAAGGCUGAGUUUUGGCACUGAGUAUUUUUUCAAAACAAUGUCAGUACCAUAUGGUGGGCCAUCUGGAUUACAAGAAAUGCCUUCUUGGAAAGCGAAUUAGAUUUUGCUUCUUCUAUAACAUGGACUUUGUUAAUAUCUACAAAUGGAAGUAAUCCUUUCAUAGAUCUUUAUACAACAUAGGGUAAAUAUAACUUCUAUAAAACAAUCCAGUUAUAGUGUUUUCUUGGAAUUUGGCUGCGUACAUUCUUGUAAUGCUUUUGCACAAGAAACAGUUUUCUUUAAUCAGUGAUGGUGAUUGUGGAUUUCCAGAUGCCGAUAGAAUGCAACUCCCAUCAGUCCAAGUCAGCAUAGUCAAGGAUAAAGAAUGACAUGAAUAGUUGUCUAAUGUCACCUAUAGUGAAACAUUUUUCCACCCUUUGCUUUCCUCAUUGUGAUAUACCCUUUCAUACUGCUUAAGUCAUGUACCUGCUUUAUAGAUGUUAUGUGAAUAGUAUUUCACAAACUGUAAUACUUCAAUAAAAAUGGAUUUGGG